UGUACAUAUAAAGGCAUAAAAAAAACUUUGAAACAACUGUAUUUGUAUGAAAUACAAGUGUAUAGCAAACAAAAAAAAGAAGUUAUUUAAGUAAACACUAUUGAGGAUUACAAACGUUACAAAGAUUUUGAAAAGCUGUAGAUAAUGGCGUCUUAAGGAGGAUUAGGGAAAAAAUGAAAGAAAAAGACGUAAAUAUCUUAUAUUUGGACUGUACAUUUCUCAUAGUUUUUAAACUUAUUUGCUAUAGUGGUCAAUGAUUAAAGAAGCAUGGACAUUUUAAUAGUGUGAAAUUUGUAUAUAGAUCCUUGCAUAUACUGAAGAAAAAUACUGGAGUGUGUGCUUCAAGUUGCCAAACACACUGAAGACUUGUUUAUACUGGUUUAUAACAUUUUAAAUCAAGACUGUACAUUUCUCACAUUUUUAAACUUAUAUUUACUGUAAUGGUCAAAGAUUAAGGAAACAUUAUUUGACAGUAUAAAACUUUUGUACAGAUCCUAGCAUAUACUGAACUACUGGAACAUCUGUUGUCAAAAACAUGCUUAAGACUUGUCAAAUACAGAUUAAUAAUCGUAUAAUACAAAUCCUAUUUGUGUUAUAUGUAUAAAUAUGUGCAUUAUACAUGGAAAAUAAUACAAUUUCAAGUAAAUAUUUAAAUAAAAAAUGAUAUGACAGGCAGGAACGUUGAGGCGGCUAUACUGAAAUUUUGGAAGAAUCGAGGAAUGGAGAAGUACUGGAAUAUAAUUGCAGACUUAACAUGAAAUAAACUGUGAACAAAUAGACUGGGGGUAUUUAUGAGAGGCAGAAAUUUUUAGCAGCAGUGGACCUUAGGAUAUACAGUAUUUUACACCUAGCAUUUACAGUUGCUCACAAUGGUCAACAUUUGUGCACCUUCAAAAAAUGGAAUAACAGCAAAACAGUUUAUAGUGUGUUUCUGCAGCCUUGGUGUGAUAACUACGCUCACACUUAUCAGAUUAACAAUCAGUAUAGAUUCAAGCUUCGUGCAUUUUUAUGAAAAGAUGGUCAACACCAAAUAUUCCUUAAUGAAGCGGCACAUUGAAAGAGCAAAUCAUCUAAAGAAGGUGUGCAAGUACCUUAAGGACAGGGUGAGAACAAUACCAUAUAGCGACCUUAACAUCUCCCAACAGAUCUACACAACGCGAAAUGCACUGGUUUGUGUGGUGCCUAAGUCUGGUUGCUCAUUCCUUAAACAAAUUAUAUACUAUUUAACAGACCCCCAAGCACUGCUGAACUCUGAUAAACUGGCACAGGUUGGAUUAAUUAACAAACUUAAAAAGGAGGUUUUCAAUCUCACCAGAUUGGAAGUACAUUAUUUGCUAGAUUUGGAACCUGUGAGAAUUACAGAUCAACAGUUCAUAAACAGUAGUUCUCUGAAAGUAGCAGUUGCAAGAAAUCCAUAUUCUAGACUUUAUUCUGCAUAUAUGGACAAGGUCUAUGUGCCAGUGUUUUAUGAAAUCUUUAAAGCCAAAUACAAUGAGAUGAUCAAAAAUGGUGUGAAACUGAAAAAUUCACAAGCUUGUAAAGAUUAUAUUUCUUUCGAAGACUUUUUAGAGAUCAUAUUAUCAGAAAUGAGCCGAAGUAAAGGGGACCCUCACUGGCUCCCAGCCUCGGUUCUCUGUAAUGUAUGCGAAGUGAAACCAGACAUAGUGAUAAAGCAAGAGACAUAUUAUGAAGAUAUAGACUUUUUCCUGUCUCAGACAGAUAUCAGUCAAACUGAAUGGGAAAAUAUUGACUCAGCUAUUGCAAAAAAGGGAAUCCAGACUGAUUCAAUCAUGAAAGGCUUGAUUCAAACCAUGUACCUCAGAGGCUUGGAAAGUGAUAUAAAAUGCUUCUCAAAGAGGCAGAUUGCUCAGCGUGUCUGGGAAGCUUUAAAAAUUCAAGGUCAAGUUUACCAGUACCAAAGGUUUCCUUCAAAAAAAUUAAGAAAACAUUCUCUUACUAUGUCCAACGUAGCUAAUGUUUUCUUGUCUCAGAUGAAGAAAAUGCCAAUCACAGCUGCGGAAAGUAAGAACCAGAGACAGAAGUCACUAGCAAGGGCAUAUAGAAAUAUUAGGCCAGAGUUAAUCAUUAAAAUUCAGGCUUUGUUCUAUUAUGAUUUUAUGGUCUUUGAUUAUGACUUUGACCCACCAAAGUAGAACUCUGUAAAUAAAUAAUAGUAUAACAAAAUAGCUUCAUGCUUUGAUACUCUUUUUUCAUAUUAUCAGUGACUUUUGUCAACAAUAUGAAUGUAGCUUUUAAAAUCAUACUACAUUGAAUUCAAGAUAUAACAAGCAAAUUCCAUGAAUUGGUAUCCCGCGCCAAAAGGGUUUGUGGUGAGGAAUGGCAAAAAAAUAUAUCUAGCAAAAAGUUAAGGAUGU